UUAGGCAGUCACGUUAUGAUUUAUCGCGAACUGAAGAGCAUCGCAGAACGUUGGAAGCUAGUCAUGUCCAGGACAUUGUCCGAUAAGUGAGCCACAUUUUGGAGCAAAGCGUUAGCCGAGAAGCCGGGACUGGAUCAGCAGUCUGAUGAGGAGCGUCGCUCCCUCCUCCUCCUCCUCCUCCUCUCCUCCUCUCCGCUUUUAGUUGUGCGCCAGUCCCAGCGGCGAACCGCUCGCUCCCACCCCCGUCGACUCCAUCCUGCAGUUCGCUGAAGUGGCUUGAAAGGGGGUUUAAGGAGGGUCAUCGAUGAUCCAGUAACUAAUCGCGCGGAGCGUAAAGGUCCGGAAAGACGAAGUGAAGGUUCACGCCCCCCCUCCAGCUGCCGUCACGGGCUGCAGGAGGACCACGAGGCCGACAGUCCUGAACCGCGAGGGUGGCAUUAACCCUAGUGCAUAAUGGGAAACUCCAGCAGCAAAGAUGGCCAUUCAUCUGCAGGCGCCCAUUUGGACUCCCCUCACACCGCUCCUACAUCACCACUCACUCCCACUGGCCUUGGGAUGCACCCACCUCCGAGCUCCACUCCAGCACAGCAGGGUGAGGCAGCACCGAAGGCCACCAAGGUGACACGUCAGGGGGGUCCCACCCAUGCUCGUGGUGCCUCUCAAAGCACCAUCCACGAGUGGGCGGUCAUCAGCCCAGCAGGCACUGAAUCUGACAGCGGCGGUCUGGUGGACUGUGGAGAGGCCCAUCUAGCCCCCCCAGUGACGGCUCUCACCCAAUCAGCACUCUUGCCUGUCCUUGCCUGUACAUCUGAGGACAGUGGUCUGGACCAAUCCGCAGGAGAGAUAGGCAGGGUGGGGGAGGGGUGUGGCAACAAGGCCACGCCCACCUCAGAGACUCUGCUUGAGCAGUACCAGAUGACUCUUGGGUUGAGUCAUGGGCAGGAUGGACCUCUGAGCACAGCAGAUCUAGUCAGAUGUGUGCUGGUGGAGCGAGACAAGCUUGCAGAUGAGGUGCGGUAUCUCAAAGAGGUGAUGAAGACGGAACGCGGGGAGUGGCAGCAGUUCCAGGCCGACCUGCAGGUGGCAGUAGCGGUCGCCGAUCGGCUGCGCGUGGAGGCGGAAGAGGAGCUCGGCACUCUGCGGGGGGCCCACCGGGAUGCGGAGCAGCAGCUGAGCUUGGCACGGCGGAGGCAGGAGGAGACUGACGCGGAGCUGGAGAGCCUGAGGACUCGGUACCAGGAGGCCUGCCACAGGCUCUCCUCUCUGGCCAGGGAGACCCCGGAGGCAGGGGUCCAGGGGGAGAGUGCGGUGCCAGGGAGGUGGCGCGGAGGGGAGUGCGCCACAGAGACGGACGGUCCCAGGAGCGAGGACCAGGGGGCGGACGGAGGACGUGUCCUGUCGAAAGUGACCAAGCGGGAAGAGGUGGCUGCUGGGGGGAAGGGAGUGGCAGAGGAGUACCUGCGGAGCGUGGCGGCGGAGAGCAGAAGGAAAGAGGAGAACCGCGCAGGGAGGGAGCCACGCAGGAUGGGAAUGGCGACAGAGAGGUCCAGGAGUCUGUCCAGACUUCCCCUGUCAUCCGACUCCCCCGUUGCCAUCAAUGGUAACUCCCAACCCGUUGCCACGACGAUGAGGCCUCUUAGCAAGAACCAGCACACGGGCCAAGGAAAGAGGGUGGAGCAGGUUCUGGAGCAACAGGCUAGCUGGACUGGUGCAGGCACAGGUAAACAGGAAGUGACUGGCAACCAUCAAAACGCCAACCCCGGUGACCCCCCCCUGACAGCAGGUACUAAAGUCAGGCAGCAGGAUGGACUCAGCAUGCUGUUACGUCGACAUGGAGGCUCGAAGAGGAACUCCCUCCUCCGUUGGUGUCAAAGCCGCACACUGGGGUAUAAGAACAUCGACAUCACCAACUUCAGCAGCAGCUGGGCGGAUGGAAUGGCGCUGUGCGCCGUGUUCCACACCUACCUGCCAUCUCACAUCCCGUACCACAGCCUUAAUCCGGAGAGCAAGAGGGAGAAUCUGGACCUGGCUUUUCGGACAGGGGAGAGUGUGGGAAUCCCAGCUUCUUUGACAGUGGAGGAGAUGCUGAAGGUGGGAGGCCCAGACUGGCAGGGGGUUCUGGGAUAUGUGGAGAGCAUUUACCGCCACUUUGAGAUGUGAUGCUGGUCCUCCUGUUCAAGGAUAUUCAACGUGGCAAAGUGUCCUUAUUUAUUGUCGUUUGAGGAGGAAUUGUUUCAGGCUCGAUAGAACAACCUGAGGCUGCACUGCCCUUGAACCGCUUUGGCGGAACCGUACCGGACCCAAAAGCUCGGCCUGGCUGUGAGUGUCUACCAGUCGCUAGUGGUUUGGAAUUUUGAGCCUAAUAUUUUCGUGCAGUAUUUCUGGAAGACGGAAAACCACACUUGCAGGAAAAAGCUGCCCUCUGUAGAAACACGAAAAGGAUGCUGCGAUAUUCAAAUUCGGUGUCAUUAAGCACGUCGCAGUUUGCAUCAUCCAUGCCUCGACGCUCACAGUUUUACAUAACUCUCCUCAUUUGUAUAAUGCCUUGGUGGGGGGCUGGAGUUUUGUCCUGGUACAACUGAGAGAUUCCUACCUCAAACAUCAGCCUUUCAGACAUAUUCACCACGCUGUUGCCUUUCCCUCUGAUAGUCAAAUUAAUGCCAUAGUAAAAACCCUUACUCGUGUUGUACUCAUUGGUUUAUAUUUGCAAAUUGUGUAUAGUAGGGGUUUAUCAAAAAUAAGGAAAUAUCGCAUUUCCCCUUCAAAUUCAGAGAGCGUUCUCUUGUAAUAUUUUAUUUGAUGGUUCAAGGGUAAGAAAGCAUGCAGAAUGAGUCUACAAUAAUCAUGGUUUUUGGGGGGUAAUUCUGUGGCUUGUGACCAUUUCUGGGAGUACGCGGCUCUUCUGAAAGCGCGUGUCUUUAGCGGUUAGCGCCAUUUGUCACAGCAGAACUUCGUCCUGAUUAACUGCCAGUGGUUGCCAUCUCCCUGUUGGAGUUACUCCAUUUGCCGUCUGUAGCAAACCUAAUGUAAUCAUGGGGCACCCUGUAAAUAAACAUGCACUUUCGCACGCACUUUGUACAGGCGAAUUUUAAAGUGGACGCCAAACUGUAGGUGACACGGGUGGCCACGUGCUGCUAUCACCCAAGCAAGCUUUUUAAUGGCUCUGCAGAAUGACCGGAGGUGAAGUCACUUCACAGAUCUCAAAUCAGUGUUCUGUCAGUGGAGGUCUUCAUGUAGGCCUGAAAGUAUUUUAUACUAAAAUUGUGCCUAAAUGCUAUUUUUUUGUGUGGAGUCUGCAGCCAAAGACUUACUGUAAAAUAAUAAAAGUUGUCAGCUGA